UGGGUCGCGACUGCCACAACCAUCAUCGAAGGCUCAUACACUGACGACAUCGCGACAAUCCGGAAGGCGCAGCAUCCGGCUCCGGCCUGCCAUCAGGCCCUUCGACAUGCUGCAACCUACUCCCACUCGGCCAACAGCCCUCAUGGCCAGGACCCGCGCCGGAGCUUGUGCUGACGGGUGCGCGCGGAUCGCGACACUGCCACCGCAAGAAAGUUAACCCCUCGCCCCAGGGCCUGAUAACACCUGGCCCGGACGCGAGCACAACUACAGACACCGCAAUGGCAGACCCUCUAGACGGCCCGGCCAGCUCCCAAAGAGACCGCCAGGGUGCGCUCGCCGAGAUCCGCUUCAAUUCCGUCGUCGACCCCGACCUCACGCCCUCCGAAGACGAGACGCCGGAAGAGAAGGCGCUGCAGUUGGAAAAUGUGCAGUCCGCGAUAGGCGUCAGCAUUGGACAGCAGCAGACGCGGUUAACGUCGCCAAAGACGCCGGCUGCGGAAAAGGCGGCCGCAUUGGACGAAACCGACGGCGGCGGGCUCUUUGACGUGUGGCAGCACCCGCCGGAACAGACAAUUGAACAAAGCGGCCCGCAACCCAGCCCGUACGAUGGCCAGAUCGACGAGCGCGAUCCACAUGUUGAGGAUGCAGUGAAGGAGUCGGCAGCUUCACAUGAGCCGCCCGCGCGUCUCCCUUCACCAUGGCGCGCCUCUCCCAAGACGUUCAAGAAGGUCGACGACCACCGGUUGGCCAUGCGCGACGCCCUCACGACCAAGACACGACGACGCACACUGUCUGGCGGAGGCGCGACCGAUUUGUUUAGGAAGUAUAUACCCUCCAAUCUACCGUCAAUGCCCAAGACAUCCGGCCUCCUCAACUUUUCACUCCCUAGCUUCUCCGUGUCUUCCUUUGACCAUGUCGCUCUCGACCGCCGAAGGCGGGUGAUGUCUCCGCAGAGCCCUAUGUCAGAUGGCAUUACGCAGCACGACGGCAGCGCUCAGUCGAAGAUCGAGCGGCCCGGAACAGCGUCUCCUCGAAGCCCACUGCAACAUCCCUCCACAGCGCCACUCCCACAGCGCGAAUUUGGCCCCGAUGCCGACGGAGAUUCCAGCCCAGAGGCGCUAUGCGAAGACGUCCAGCCACGUGCGGUACCGAAGCUUCGUCAAUCCACCUCGGAAGGGUCCCUGCUGCUCUACAGGAGUCCGUCGUUUACGUCCUCCCUUGGUGACGACUCGCGAUUUGAGAACGUGCAGGAACAGGUCAAUAGCAGGCUGAAGGCGAUCAAGGACAGCUGGCAAGAUGCAAACUUCAAGUUUCCCAUACCGUCUAUGCCUAACUUUGGCUUUGGCUCUAGGGAUGAUCUCGUCAAGCCGAAGCUCGGCUCUUUAACACCGAGAGGCACGAACGGCGACACCGGCAACAGUCUUCGGGUCAGCUUUCUUGCCAAUUCUUCAGGCCCCUCCUCGAGACGCAAUUCGAUUAGACCACAAAAGGCGAGAGGUUCAUCCUCGGAUCUGGCGGGAAUGACGGCGGCCAGUGCUGCAACGCAUCCAUACUUCACACGAGCUCUUCAGGAUCUAGAAGGCGAUCUGGUCCUUCUGGGAGGCUAUCGAGGGUCCAUCCUGCGCUCGGCUGAGCCUCCAAAUCGCCAGCUAUGGGUGCCGCUCAAAGUGGGCUUGAACCUGCGGAAAGUGGAUCUCGAAGUCGGCCUUGACCCAGAAGACGAAGAGACAAUGGAAGAGCGCAUCAUCCCAGGCGGCAUGCUCACCAACAUUGGCCCCGUGGACAUCGCGAAACGGCUGUUCAAGCGCUUGCGGGCAUCCGAGAACGCAAGAAACGGCACGGUUAGAGUACACAACUACGGAUAUGACUGGAGAUUGUCUCCGCACCUUCUGAGUCAGCGUCUGAUCAAGUACCUGGAAGCCCUCCCUUGCAACCAGCCUGGCGUACCUCCUGAGAAGCGCGGCGCCAUCGUCAUUGCCCAUUCCCUGGGUGGACUCAUCACCAGACAUGCGAUCAACCAACGUCCAGAACUCGUCUCCGGCGUCAUCUACGCGGGCGUGCCCCACACCUGCGUCAAUAUCCUCGGCCCUAUGCGCAACGGCGACGAUGUCCUCCUCUCGUCUCGCGUGCUCACCGCGCAAGUCAACUUCACGAUUCGGACAUCCUACGCUUUGCUCCCUCUGGACGGGAAGUGCUUCUUCAACAAGCACACCAAGGAGGAAUACCCCGUGGACUUCUUCGACGCGAAAACCUGGGAAGAAUACCGCCUCUCGCCCUGCAUAGCCCCACCCCUACCAGCGCCCGACAGGAGCGCAACGAACAUGACCGUCAGCGGCCUACUAAACGCAAUGUCGCAAGCGCUACCUUCCCUUCCCAGCCGCAAAGGCAGCGUGUCAAAAGGAAGUCCCGUCCGCGACACCGCCCAGACCGCCGUAAACAAAGCCACCGAGUCGUCCGCCCAAACUUCCGGCUUCGAGCCGAAGAUGCACCCCGACCAUCCCACCUCGCCGACCGUCACCAUUCCGCACGACAAAGCCGUCGUCUAUCUUGCGCGCACCCUCGCCGAGGUGAAACGCUUCAAGGAAGAAACCGCACAUAAUCCCGCCCACACGGCUUCCAACGCCUAUCCGCCCAUCGCCCUUAUAUACGGGAAGUCUACGCCGACUGUGUACGGCGCGAAAGUCGAGAGCCGCGAGGCGAUCAAGCGGGCAGAUGCGUACGAUGAGCUGGCUUUUGCGAGCGGCGAUGGCGUCGUGCUGGCGCGUGCGGCGAUGGUGCCUGAGGGGUACUCGGUCGUCAGGGGAGGCGUCGUCCCGAGCGAAAGGGGUCACGUUACGCUACUGGGGGAUCUGGAGGCCGUGGGACGCUGUCUGCAUGCUGUUAUUGGGGCGCGCAAGAACGGCGUUGGACUGGGAGAAGCGGCAAUGAAGGGUAGAGAGCAAAGGAACAGGGACAAGGAGAGGGCUUAGAGGAUUGGAGAGGGAAGAUCUGGCACAGCACCCAAAAGGGAUUGGAAAUUAGACUAGUAGACAAGAAAGACAAAAAGCCAGCAAUGGCACGGCACGGUGCAGCGCAGUACAGCGCUGUAUGUAUGACUAGUAGACUACGACGAAUACGAAAAGCAUUACAGACUUCCAAGCGCUCGCAACUUCCCCAUGUACUCUGCCAACCCCUGCACCUUCCCUUCGCUCCCCUCCCUCUCUACCUACUAUCCAUUAUCCUCUCAAACUGCCCAUCAACUAAUCGUCCGUCCUUCGAGGUAGCAUUCCCAAGAUAGCCAGCCGCACAACCACCUGCCUGCACAUCCUGCUUCUGCCCCGCAUACGUCUGCUC